AUGGAUCAAACCAUCCAUCUUUUGGAGUUCCCAAAUACAACUCCUCUUAGAAGCCGGUCCCUUCUCCCCAGCCAGAUGCGAUUGUACAUCCCGAAGGUGUCCAUCUCUGGAGCAUAUGAGCUCAGGGACGUUCUGGAGGACAUGGGCAUUGCAGACCUGUUCACCAGCCAGGCAAAUUUCUCAGGCAUUGCCCACGAGGCCCAGCUGAAGGUGUCAAAGGUGGUCCACAAGGCCGUGCUGCACCUGGAUGAGAAGGGUGUGAAAGCAGCCGCCGCUUCCGAGGACGGCCGGAGGCUGAUGGCCAUGCCAGUCAGAUCUGGCAGCGUCAAGUUCAACCGGCCCUUCGUUGUCACGGUCUUCGACAACUUCACGUGGAGCAGCCUUUUCCUGGGCAAAGUUGUGAAGCCGACCUGA